AUGGCUAAUGUUAGACAUGACAGUCGCAACAGCACUUCAUUCAUUCUUUGUUUAGUGCUGGAUCUUUCGUUCCCCAGAGACGGAGUUCUGUAUAAGAAAUGCCUGCAGGCAUUGGAAAAUGUCCUCGCUUGGGCACUCUACGCGCCUCACAAUUUGUCUGUGGUUGGUGUAAUGACCAUAAACUCAACUCAGCAGCAUAGGUUACAGUUCGUACCGUUCGGCGACAAUUUUUCGGCGGUAUCAUCUGUGCUUGGGGCAGUUUCCAGAUCUCCGGGGGAUUCGCACUUCCACAUGACUCCUCGAGAUUUGAAAGAUUCCUUAUUCAUGACGAUCAACAAGGUGGUUCUGCACUUGAAGGAGAGGCGGCGGCUGGAGGCCGGCCAGAUCGUGGCGACGGUGAUAACGUGUCGCGACGGGAGCCUCGUGGGGGACGCCCUCGACGGCCUGCGCGACGAGGAGGCCCGCUACUUUGACGCCAUGCUGGUGCUCCGCGUGGUGGCGCGCGUGUCCGCAGACGGCGUGUGCGAGGGCAGCCUGUUCGGGCAGCCGCUCAGGGUGACCUGGUCGCCGACGUCCGUCUUCCAGAGCCACGGCGACUUCCACCGCAACGCGCACUUGUUUCUAGCGCUGUGCGAGUCCCUGGCCGCCAGAGACGAGCACCUCGUCGUCAAACUGCAGACGGGCGGCCCUCGGGGCGGCCGGCCCACGGCCCCCACGGCGGCGAGCGGCCACUUCGUCUUGACGUCCGGCGACGAGUGCUUGCUGCUGCGCCCCAUCGCGUCCGCCGAGCUGGGCCUGCCGCCGCCGCCGCCACCUCCGGUGCAGUACGACGGCGUCCUGGCGGCGCGGGCCGAGCAGGAGGUCGCCGACGCCCUGGACGCCCUGCCCGUGGAGGAGCAGUACCGCGCCAAGGACUUCCCCAGCGGACUGUGCACCGCGCUGAGACUUAGGGCCGACUUCCCCGAACGCCUGUCCCUGCAGCAAUUGAAGGCCGGCGUCCCCGCGGUCCCCGCAGCCCCAGCGCCGACCAUGGUGGUGACCUCUCCGCCUCUCGCAGUCAGCCCCCCAGCACCGCCUGCCGCGCCCGCCCCGCCCUCCGAGGACGUCGACGUGGUCAUGGAGCUGUCCUCUGACGACGACGAGCUGCCCGAGCUGAACGUCCCGGCCGUGGCGCUGCCCGGCGGCACCGCGGCGGCCGGCCCGGCCCACAAGCUGGGCACGGGGGGCCACCCCGCGCUGCAGGACGACUUCGGGGUGACGCCAGCCAAGCGCAGCAAGUUCCAGCCGCUGCACGGCGUCUUCAAGAUACUACGCCGCCACUAG